UUUCCUCUCAGAAUGCGUUACAUUGCAGCAUACCUUCUUGCUGUUCUUGGAGGCAAUGAUUCUCCAAGUUCAAAAGAUUUGAAAAAGAUUCUUGACAGCGUAGGCAUUGAAACAGAUGAUGAACGCAUGAACAAGGUAAUUAAUGAGCUGAACGGGAAAAACAUUGAAGAUGUCAUUGCCCAAGGUAACAGCAAACUUGCUAGCAUGCCGGUGGGUGGAUCUGUAGCAGUCUCCGCUGGAGGCUCUGCUGCUCCUGCUGCAGGUGCUGCACCUGCUGCUGCUGAGGAGAAGAAAGAAGAAAAGAAAGAAGAGUCUGAAGAAUCAGAUGAUGAUAUGGGAUUUGGAUUGUUUGACUAAAAUUUUAUUAAGCGUCAUUCUUUAAUAAAUCUUGGUUGAAAGA